AUGAGUACAACGAUCCUCCUCCCUGGUCAACCCCUACCUUCCAACCUCGUUACCCCUCCCUUACCUCAAUGUGGACCAGGAUGUUAUGCCGUGGAGGGUAGGAUACUAGCUAGUGUGGUGGGAGUACCUCAGAGGAACGGCUCGGUGGUCAGCGUGAUAGGCAGGGAAGAAAGCGGGAACACGCCUGAUGUCGGGUCUAUCGUAUCACGUCUGACAACGCAACAAGCUCAUCUCACGCUGACAACGUCGAACGAUCGACCUUUACCGGAGACAAGCGAAGAGUUUCAAGGUGUUAUAAGGAUAGGCGACAUACGGUUGACAGAGAGGGAUAAGAUCAAAAUGGGAGAUUGUUUUAGGCUGGGUGAUCUGGUGAAAGCGAAAGUGCUCUCACUGGGUGACGCAAGGAGUUAUUACCUAUCCACUGCGGCUAAUGAGUUGGGCGUCAUGUAUGCUGUCUCAGAAGCUGGAAACCCACUGUUACCGGUGUCGUACCAGGAAAUGGAAGAUGAAUUGACCGGAAGGAGGGAGAAGAGGAAAGUCGCUAAACCUGAGGGUAUAUAG